AUGACCUUUGCAGGGGCAAAGGAGGCUAGGGAAUCAAUAAAUGCAUAUGCUGUGAAGUUUGGGUACAAGUUAAAGUUCAUAAAGAAUGAAAAGACUAGGAUUAGAGUGGUUUGCAUCAAUGACCAAGCAUGUCCAUUUCUCAUGCAUGUCUCUAAAGAUGGGGACAUUGAAGGGCUAGCCAUCAAGACUCUUGUGGCAGAUCACACCUGCUACAAACAGAGGGAAGUCCCCAGUGUUAGUCAAACAUACUUGGCUAAGUACUUUAAAGAGGCAAUCUACAGAAAUCCUAGGUUCACUUCUAAGGACAUACAAGGUCAUGUUAAGGACCAUUUGAAGCUUCAUGUCAGUUUACACAAGUGUAAAAGGGCAAAAAAAGAGAUCAUAUGCAAGCUUGAGGGUAGCUAUAGAGAGGAGUUCAAUAGGCUGGUUGCCUAUUGUAACAUUGUGAAAGAAUGUAUGCCUGGGAGUAAGAUGAAACUCCAACUGUCCACUGAGCAUCUUCAGUUACAAAUGAGAGUUUUUAAGAGAAUCUUUGUCCUCCUAGAACCUUGUAGGGUGAACUGGAUAGGGGGUUGCAGGCCAAUAAUUUCUCUUGAUGGUUUCCAUUUGAAAUGCAAGACAUUUGGUGUUCUGUUGACAGCAGUAGGGAAGAAUGGGAAUGAUGGAAUUGUGCCCAUUGCUUGGGCAGUUGUAAACAAGGAGAACAAGAACAAUAGGAGGUGGUUUCUAGGCUGGUUGAGGCAGGAGCUCAACCUUGGAACAGGUGAUGAGGUGACUCUUAUGUCAGAUAUGCAAAAGGGAUUGAUGGAGGCUGUGAAUGAAGUGACUCCUGCAGCUGAACAUAGGUAG